GGACUCGACUCGGUCCUGCGUUUUCUCUGUAGACAUGAUCGUAAGGGGAGCAUGUCGGUGCGCCCCCAAACUCCGAACAUCCGCGAUUAGGAGUCGACCUUCGUUGGCGCAGCUGCCGCAAUGUCGCCGAUACGCGACGCCGUCUUCGUCUUCGACACCUGCGGCGAGUGCAUCGACAGGUAGCCAAAUCGGUGUCCUCGCGCCCUUCACGAGCGAGCUUGACCGGAUUGCGCCUUCGUUUGAUAUUCACGGGUCCCAGAUUCACAUCAUUCGUUCUCCAACGGAUUUCUACGAGACGCUCAAGGAAAGGAUACGAAAUGCCCGAAAACGCAUCUUCCUUUCGACCUUGUACAUCGGCAAGACCGAGAAGGAGCUGAUUGCGACGCUACAAGACGCACUGCGACAGAACCCCAAUCUCGAGUUGCACAUCAUCACAGAUGCCCUCCGAGGCACGCGCGAAGCCCCCAACCCGAGUUGCGCGUCGUUGCUUGCUCCCCUGGUCGAGGAGUUUGGCCCCGACCGAGUCGAAAUCCGCAUGUACCACACCCCCAACUUGACGGGUAUACGAAAACAGUACAUCCCUCGUCGCAUCAACGAGGGAUGGGGUCUUCAGCACAUGAAGCUGUACGGUGUCGACGAUGAGAUCAUCCUCUCUGGAGCGAACCUGUCGACGGAUUACUUCACGAACCGUCAAGAUCGGUACCACCUCUUCUCAUCCAAGGAAGUAACCGACUAUUUCUGGAACAUCCACCGAGGUGUCGCGUCCUUCAGCUUUCUCGUCCAACCAUCCAAAGACAAGUCCGGAUUCACUUUCACCUGGCCCAAGUCGAACCUGGCACCGUCUCCGCUAGAGCAUCCAAGACAGUUCGUCGGCAAGACCACAUCCGCCAUAGGCGCCUUGAUCGCGCCGCCUUCCAAACAACCCCCCCCGCGAAACACACCCGACAGCAAGGAAUCCGAUGCAGACACGAGGGUCUACAUGCUCGCGCAAAUGUCUCAGCUCAUGAACCCGGACACCUCCACCGAGCUCCCCGCCGUCACCCACGUCCUACGCACCCUCGCCUCCCCCACCUUCGCCGGCUCCUCCUGGACCUUCACAGCCGGCUACUUCAACCCAGCCCCCUCGCUCACCAAACUCCUCCUCUCCACCGCCUCGUCCCACAACGUCGUCAUCACCGCCUCCCCGCACGCCAACGGCUUCUACCAAUCCCCCGGCGUCUCCGGCCUCCUCCCAGGCGCCUACACCCUCCUCGCCCGCCGCUUCCUGCGCGCCGUCCACCAGACCGGCCGCGACCGCGCCAUCGCCCUGAAGGAAUGGCGCCGCGGCACCGUCGGCCACCCCGGCGGCUGGACCUACCACGCCAAGGGCCUCUGGGUCACCCUCCCCGGCGAGGCCCACCCGGCCCUGACCCUCGUGGGGAGCUCCAACUACACGCGCCGCAGCUACUCGCACGACCUCGAGGUCGGGGCCCUGGUGCUCACGCGGAACGAGAAGCUCAAGGAGCGCUUGGGACAGGAGCAGGCUUGGUUGCAGGAGUAUGCGAAGCCGGUGACGAGGGAUGACUUUGCCACCAAUGAGAGAAGGGUCGGUCUUAAGGUCAGGAUUGCUAUGUGGAUUGUGAGUCUCGUCGGGGGGGCUCUGUAGGCCAACCAGGGACGUACGUGCGUGUACUUUGUACAACAGGCGGUUUUUUUCGCUCUAGAGAUAGAUAUACCCUGGGUUGUGUGAAAGCUCGGGCUAGACUUUUAAUCUUAUGCUCUUGACAUUCUCGUUGUCUUGUAUCGUCUGCUUUCAAGAUGAUUUGCGCAUGAGAAAUUGAGCUCCUGCCGGUGGGUGAGACCAUGGCGUAAACAUCUCUCCUCGACCCUACAGGAAGUAUUUGGGUGACAAUCAGUAGUACGUAUUCUAUUUUCUGGCCACGACAAUGAUGUAGGUAUCUUAAGGUAGAGAAACCAGGAGACAACCCAAGAAAAUUAUUCUAAAUCGACUCGGCAGACACCGCUUCUAGCCACCCAAGAUCCCUUGCUCGUUCCCAUCCCCGUCCGUAUC